GAGAGUGAGAGAGAAAGAGAGAGAGCGAGACGACCAUUCCCGGAGCCUCCGAACGGCAUUAUCAGACGGUCGAGAGAGCAUCCAAACGUCGCGCGCGGCACACAGCCGAGAGAGUCGGAAGAGCGCCUCACUGACAACUCUGGAGGACAGGAAUCCAAACCGAAAAAGGCCGAUAAAUUCAGCCGCUGUACUCGAAAGGAAGAAGAUAUGGAGAGCCUGCUGGAUAAUCCUAUGAAAGCCGUGCUGUACCUGAAGGAACUCACCACUAUUGUACAGAACCAGCAAAGCUUGAUCCAAACGCAGCGUCAGCGCAUCGACGAGCUCGAGCGGAAGGUGGAAGAUCUGAUUGGGGAGAACCGCCAGCUGCGGGACCCCGUUCAGUAUCACCACCCCCAUCAUCACCACCCGUCCCACCACAACACCAGCCCCCAGCCUCCUGUCCAUCAUCACCAGCACCCGGGAGCGACUAAAGCCACUGCUCAUCCCGGACAACAACAGCCGCAACCCCCGCAACAGCAGAUACCUCUACAGGUUCAGCCGCCACAGCAUCCUCCCCCUCCAACACCGCCAGUUCACCAUCCACAGCAGCUGCAGCUUGUACCCACCUCUCCACCGUCUCCCAAAGCGGGUCAGUCCAGUCCCGAUUCCGCGGAGGAGGAUAAGAAAAGCCCCUGCUGCAAAUCCCUGGUUCCGCAAACACCCACCACACUCUGUCGCUCUGUUGGACUUGCGAGGAAGGCUGAUAACCAGACGGUGCUCCACCAGUUCUGCUGCCCCGCCCCCGAGGUCCCAGAGACUGAGCCCUCCACCGCCUGUGUCCCCAGCCCUGACCCGGGGGCUUGA